AUGAAUGGAAUUGACGUGUUGAUGCAGGCGAGAAAAAAGCUGUCCGAGGAGGAUAAAGGUCAGGAGAUGGGAAGUUGGGAGACGGGAAGAAAGUCAAACGGAAUCUUUCUGUCGACAGAAUUGGCAACAGACAUGAAAUCUCCAUCAAUGAGGCCGGAUACACUGAUCAAUACCUUCAGAUACAUCCAGGCAAAGGGUUUCGAGGUUGUCCAGACCCAGGAGCUCUGUGAAUCCCCUCGGCUAUUUGUGGACGGAAUCAGCUCACACGACCUGAAUCAAGGGGAGCUGGGCAAUUGUUGGUUCCUGGCUGCAGCGUCCUGCAUAGCCACGAGAGACGGACUUUGGCAAAAGGUGAUCCCGGACUGGAGGGAGCAGGAUUGGGAUCCGAAGAGGCCGGAGAAGUACGGCGGGAUCUUUUGCUUCCGUUUCUGGAGAUUUACGGAGUGGACGGAGGUGGUGGUGGACGACCGUUUGCCCACGAUGGGGGGGGACCUCCUCUACUGCCACUCGACGUCCAGGCAGGAGUUCUGGAGCGCUCUCCUGGAGAAGGCGUACGCAAAGCUGUCCGGCUGCUACGAAGCGCUGAGCGGAGGGAACGUGGGAGAUGCUCUGCUGGAUUUCACUGGGGCGGUGGUGGAGACAUUGGACGUGAAGCCGGAAGACAGCGUGGAAACCUCCGGCGAGGGCUUCAAACUGGGCGACCAUCUGCUGACGACGUUUGACCAAGGAGGGCUGAUCAGCUGCUCCAGUCACCUGAAGCCCAGUGCUGAGAUGCAGGACCUGGGGCUGAAUACACAACACUCCUACUCGGUGACGGGCCUGCGGAGGGUUCCCCUGACAGCGGGUACCCUCGCCGGCUCCGGCCCCGGCCCCGACACGCAGCUGAUGGUCAGGAUGAGGAACCCCUGGGGCAACAGCGAGUGGAUCGGCCCGUGGAGCGACGCCUCAAAGGAGUGGAACAAAGUCAGCAAACAUGAACGCAAGAAAAUGGGCAUCGUGGUGAGGAACGACGGCGAGUUCUGGAUGACCUUCGAUGACUGGUGCAAAUACUUCACCAAAGUGAUCAUCUGCUUCCUCGUUAACACCUCCCGCCUGAGCCUGCGGAAGACCUGGGAACAGGCGAUGUUCGGCGGAGCUUGGACCAGACACACCAACCCACUGCUGCACCGUGCCGGCGGCUGCACCAACCACAUAGAAACAUUCCUGCACAAUCCCCAGUUUGUGUUUGACGUGACGAAGAAGAAGGAUGAGGUCCUGGUGUGUCUGCAGCAGAAAGAACAGAGGAUCCACAGGCGAGAAGGCAAAGGAGAGAUGCUGAUGAUCGGCUUCAGCAUCUUCAGGGUGGAACGUAACCGAGAAUACAGACUCCACACGUACCCUGAGAGAGUGGAGGGUUCCCGUUAUGCCGACACCCGGAGCGUGUUUCUACGGACCGUUCUGUCUGCUGGUCGUUACCUUAUCAUCCCGACCACCUUCUUGGCAGACAUUGAAGCCCCCUUUCUGCUGAGGGUCUUCACUGACACGGUCUCUGGGUGCAGGGAGUUAACCCUUGACAAGCCCAAGGUGACGUGUUGGAACAUUAUGUACCGUUACCCGCGGAUGGCCACCCAUGUCCACCUACAUGGUGCGAUGGACCUGCUGAAGCAACGUACCUCUGGAGGAGCAGACCCCUACGCGGUUAUUAAGUGUGAGUUUGGCAGGGUUCGCACGGCUGUCUUUGAAGACACACUGAAUCCCCAAUUUGACACCAAAGCCAUUUUUUACAGGAGGAACCCCAAGUUUCCAGUCAUCAUCCAGGUUUGGGACAGGAACAUUUUCUGGGACCGGUUAUUGGGCGAGAUUACACUUGAGGCUGCUCCGAGCGACACCGCCCAGCGCCAAGUUCUGGAACUUCAGAGAAAGGACAAGCGAGGAGGAGGAGGAGAGGCUCCCAGUCGCAUUGAGGUGACCAUCACCAGCAGCUUGGACCUCAUGACUUUGUGAGGCGUUCACUUCGGUUAGAGAGCUUCAGUGGGGGUGGGGGUGGAGCGAGCACAGGGCAAUAUAAUA